UUCAGCCUGUCUAUGGAGCACAGCAUCCUCCACUGGAUCCCCGGCUCACCAAAAACUUCAUCAAGGACCGCUCCAAGGCCAACGCGCUGCCUAUGAAAAGCAAGAAGGCCUCCAGCUUUCAUGAGUUUGCCCGCAACACCAGUGAUGCCUGGGACAUCGGUGAUGACGAAGAUGAGGACUUCUCUUCUUCCUCUUCUUCUUUGCAAACUCUGAACUCUAAAGUGGCCAAGGCCACGGCAGCCCAGGUUCUGGAGAACCACAGCAAGCUGCGGGCAAAACCCGAGCGGGCCCAGUCUGCUCUCAGUGACAUGCCCACCAACUGCAAGGUCAUCAAGUCCAGCAGCGAGGCCCAGCUCUCCAGGACAUCUGAGGACGCCUGUGUGCGGACCCCCCUUCAGAAGCAGCAGUCCCUUCCCCUUCGGCCCGUCAUUCCCCUUGUCGCCCGAAUCUCUGACCAAAAUGCUUCGGGUGCUCCCCCCAUGACGGUGAGGGAGAAAACCCGCCUGGAGAAGUUUCGGCAGCUCCUUUCCCGCCACAACACGGACCUGGAUGAGCUGAGGAAAUGCAGCUGGCCUGGUGUGCCCAGAGAGGUCCGGCCCGUGACGUGGCGUCUCCUCUCAGGUUAUCUUCCCGCAAACAUGGAGCGACGAAAGCUGACUUUGCAGCGUAAGCGGGAGGAGUACUUUGGCUUCAUCCAGCAGUAUUAUGAUUCCCGGAAUGAGGAGCACCACCAAGACACCUACCGACAGAUCCACAUCGACAUUCCAAGGACCAACCCACUCAUCCCCCUCUUCCAGCAGCCGCUUGUCCAGGAGAUCUUUGAAAGAAUCCUGUUUAUCUGGGCCAUUCGACACCCAGCCAGCGGCUAUGUACAGGGCAUCAAUGACCUGGUCACUCCGUUCUUUGUUGUGUUCCUCUCUGAGUAUGUUGAGGCAGAGGACGUGGAGAACUUCGAUGUGACGAACCUGUCGCAGGAUGUUUUACGGAGCAUCGAAGCUGACAGCUUCUGGUGCAUGAGCAAGCUGCUGGAUGGGAUACAGGAUAACUACACGUUUGCACAGCCGGGGAUCCAGAAGAAAGUCAAAGCCCUGGAGGAGCUCGUCAGCCGGAUCGAUGAGCAGGUACAUAAUCACUUUAGGAAGUACGAGGUCGAAUAUCUGCAGUUUGCCUUUCGCUGGAUGAACAAUCUGCUUAUGAGGGAGCUGCCUCUUCGCUGUACCAUCCGCCUCUGGGAUACCUACCAGUCGGAGCCAGAAGGAUUCUCGCAUUUCCACCUGUACGUCUGCGCCGCCUUCUUGAUCAAGUGGCGAAAGGAGAUCCUAGAUGAGGAAGACUUCCAAGGCCUUCUGAUGUUGUUACAAAACCUGCCCACGAUACACUGGGGUAACGAAGAAAUAGGACUCCUGCUCGCUGAAGCCUACAGACUCAAGUACAUGUUUGCAGAUGCCCCCAAUCAUUACCGCCGAUAGGUGCCAGGACUUGACUCCCUCCUCUGCCCCGUGCCCACCCCCUCGUCCUGGCCUGAUCUGAUCACUGUGGCAUUUUUGUCGUCCCAAGUCCUCGGACACUCCGGCCGGGAGCUGCUCCUCGCUGUACAAAGCUCACAUCGACUCUUGUCUUAACUCUUAACGUGUGCCUGUCUGCCACUCCACGCGCCUGGAUGUGCCACUCCAACGACCGUCAGUAUUUCACGCCGUGCAGGUAGCUCGAGCCAGGGAGAGAGGCUU